CUCCACUACGGGUGCGAUAUCUAUGUGACGGUUGGGACGGAAGAGAAAAAGCAAUUCCUUGUGAAGGAGUAUAACAUUCCUGUGAACCGGAUAUUCAACUCAAGAGAUAUUCUCUUCAAGAAUCACGUCAUGAAAGCGACGAAAGGACGCGGAGUUGAUAUCGUACUGAACUCCCUGUCCGGCGACAAACUGGACGCUAGCUAUCAAUGUGUGGCAAAUAACGGCCGGUUCGUAGAGUUGGGACGUUUUGAUAUGAUUCAGAACAAACAGAUCGGAAUGUUUGACUUCACGAAAAAUAUCCAAUUCAUUGGUAUUGUCUUCGAUAUGGUUGUACUCCUCGACGGCAAGCAUUUCUUUCCAGAGUUUUACGAUUGGGUUCACAAGAACUCGAAGAAUGGAUGCGUUAAACCAAUCAAUUAUACGGUGUUUAAGGCGUCGGAGGCCGAGAAGGCGUUCCGAUUCAUGACAACCGGUAAACACAUCGGGAAAGUAGUCUUGAAAAUGAGAGACGAAGAGAUGGAUAGACAGCCACUGAAAGCCAUUAAACCGGCCGUCGAUAUGGUGUCUAAUAUUAAGACAUUCUUCGAUCCAAACAAAGUCUAUAUAAUAACCGGUGGUUUGGGAGGGAUGGUAAAGUUUUUUGAGUCCCAAUGGAUUGUCUCGACUGCCGAUGGGUUUACUAUUAAAGGCAUACAACAACUCCUAAAAGAGGCCCAAAUGUUGGGACCCAUUGGAGGGGUAUUUCAUUUGGCGCUUGAAUUAAACGACUGUUUGAUAGAGAAGUUAACAUUUGAUAAGUUUUGUUCGUCUAUUGAUACCAAACAUAAAAUAUUCACGAAUUUGGAUCAAUUGACCCGAAAAUUGGACUAUAAAUUGGAUUAUUUUGUCGUAUUCUCAUCGGUAUCGUGUGGUAAAGGAAAUGCCGGUCAGACUAACUAUGGGUUUGGGAACUCCAUAUGUGAACGCAUUUGCGAAGUGAGGCGCAGGGAUGGACUGCACGGACUGGCCAUACAGUGGGGACCCAUCGGUGAUGUGGGAGCUCUCGAGCAUUCCGAUCAGAUUCUGUCGCUCACCUCAUAUAAGAAACAGCGAAUCAACUCGUGUUUCGAGAUUAAAGCUGACAAACAACAGGAAUCGGGAGAUAAGGAAAAGCGAAUGAUCACAGAGUUAUGGCGGGCACUGGGCAUCGACCCCGACUCCACCCCCGAUCACCUAACCCUGGGUGAGAUUGGGUUGGAGUCCAUGUUUGCCAUAGAGUUUCAACAGGGAAUGGAAAAGGAGUGGAAUAUGAAGUUUACUCUCAAUCACAUUAAGAGCAUUACGAUCGGUAUGCUAAAAGACUACCAGGAUGGUAAAUUGAGUAAGGUACAAAAGCACAUGAAGGAGAUUAAAAAGGGCAGGGCUAUGCUGCUGAAACAGAAGUACAUUAUACCUACCGAUCCUAUUGUAGCGCUUAAUAGUGUGACGAAGGGAAGGCCGGUUUAUCUGAUGCCAACCCUAUCGUUAAAUUUUGCAAUGUUUGAAGAGUUGGCACAAAAGUUAAACCGACCGGUGAUUGGCCUUAAUUGGACCCGCGAAGUGUGCCAACUGUCCACUCUUAAAGAGGUUGGCCAUCAUUAUUUCAAUCUACUGAAACACAUUGAGCCAAAAGGGAGGUACGAUGUGGUGGGCUAUUUGGACACUGCCCUCAUUUGCGGUAAAUUACUAGUGAAAGGGAUGGCAGAUAAGGUGGUUAUCGUUGACCUGAUAAACGAUGUUCACUAUUGCGAUGAGGAGUUGACCGAUGAUAUGGUGAUGGAGUUUAUUAUAACUAUAAUGUCGGGCAGUAUUCCCAAAGCAUUUAAAGACAAAAUAAUACGCGAAAUGAAAAAGGAAAUGGAUGUUAAGGCUAAGGUUAAGGUAUGGGUGAACGAGAUCGUGGACUUCGCCGGCAAAGGACUGGUGGCCACAGAUAUGGAGGAAAUGUUUCACAUAAUGAUAGCCCGGAUUCAUAUGGAGGAAAUGUUUCACAUAAUGAUAGCCCGGAUUCGUAUGCUAUCGGAGUAUAGACUCAAUAAACGCAAGAAGUUUUCAAAUCGACUGAAACUCGCGAUCGCAAAGAAAUGGGCGAAAAGGACGGGGAAAUUGGUUUUGAUUAAACCGGUUAACAUUGAGACUAUUGAUGACCUGGAUAGCGUUAUGGAGAAAUCGCGUGAUGUAUACUUUUUGCCUGGAUCAAAGGAUGAAAACAAUAACAUUCAACUGGAAAGUGUCGAUACCCAGAGUACCAUAGACUUAAUGGCUCAAGAGAUAAUGGACAAAAUUAGCAUGACACUUAAAUAA